GCUGGGAGUCGGUCCGGUGAAUGUGGCGCGCGCGCGCGUACGCCUGGUAGGGAGCGGAAGGCAGCUGGUGUGGAGGCCUUGCUUCGUGUAACGCUGGAGGACAAGAUGACUGGAUCAAAUGAAUUUAAGCUGACCCAACCCCCAGAAGAUGGAAUCUCAUCAGUGAAAUUCAAUCCAAACACAUCUCAGUUUUUGCUUGUUUCCUCUUGGGACACAUCCGUUCGACUGUAUGAUGUUCCUGCCAACUCCAUGAGACUCAAGUAUCAACAUACUGGAGCAGUACUUGACUGUGCUUUUUAUGACCCUACUCAUGCCUGGAGUGGAGGAUUAGAUCGGCAGUUAAAAAUGCAUGACUUGAACACCGAUCAAGAAAAUCUUGUUGGCAGUCAUGAUGCUCCUAUCAGAUGUGUUGAAUAUUGUCCAGAGGUGAAUGUAAUGGUAACAGGAAGUUGGGAUCAAACAGUCAAGUUAUGGGAUCCAAGAACACCUUGUAAUGCAGGAACAUUUUCUCAGCCUGAAAAGGUAUAUACAUUGUCUGUAUCUGGUGACAGAUUGAUAGUGGGAACAGCUGGUCGAAGAGUUCUGGUGUGGGACUUACGGAACAUGGGCUAUGUUCAGCAGAGAAGAGAAUCAAGCCUUAAGUAUCAGACCCGUUGCAUCAGGGCAUUUCCCAACAAACAGGGUUAUGUAUUAAGCUCCAUAGAAGGUCGUGUUGCAGUCGAAUAUUUGGAUCCAAGUUUGGAGGUGCAAAAGAAAAAAUAUGCUUUCAAAUGCCACAGACUGAAGGAGAAUAACAUUGAGCAAAUUUACCCUGUCAACGCCAUCUCUUUUCACAAUGUCCAUAACACAUUUGCUACAGGUGGUUCUGAUGGCUUUGUCAAUAUUUGGGAUCCAUUCAACAAAAAAAGACUCUGCCAAUUUCAUCGGUACCCUACCAGUAUAGCUUCAUUAGCUUUCAGUAAUGAUGGGACUACUCUUGCAAUAGCAUCUUCAUAUAUGUAUGAAAUGGAUGACAUUGAACAUCCUGAAGAUGGUAUCUAUAUUCGCCAAGUGACUGAUGCUGAAACAAAACCCAAGUCAACUUAAUCUUGAUCAAAAACUUCUACUUGCCUCUAGCAAAGCAAACUAAUCCUUGGAUUAAAUGAAGAUGUUUCAUUGUUGUUUUCAUUAUGUGUUCAUUUGGUAUAUUGUAUAGUUUUGUUUUGUUUUUUUUAAACUGUAGCCAAGAAUUGUUAUUUUUGUUCCCUGAUAUGGAAAUAUUUCUGUAAACCAUUUCAUUCUUUUGAAAUGUGACAGUUGAAUUUUUGUACAGAUUAAUGUGGCCUAAUUGUUUGAAUAAAUAUUUUCAACCCACUCUCUCUCUCCCCCCCCCCCAUCCCGCCCAAGCCGUAUUUUCUGCAGCAGUGGUUGUAAAUGUUUAGUCCUGAAUUUAAUGAUGGCAUCAUUUUUGGUCUACUGGGCUUGUACAUCAGCAACAACAAUAUGAUAAAGGAGAAAGCAUUUUGACAACAGCAGGCAACUUAAAUUUGAUUGACAUAACUGUAACUCUUCCCUAUUUAUUUUAUAUUGUAAUUAGGUUUUGUUGUCAGCAGGUUUAGGAAAGUAUCUCCUGAAACUUCGCAGGAUUAAGGAGUUGUAUCAUAAAUUGAAGUUUUAUAGUUGCUGUUAAUGAUCAGUGUCUGCCUUUGAGAAAUGAUUGUUUUGUUGGGAAAGAGGAUAUUUUGCCUUUAGGCAAGCAUCACAAUUCCAUAACAGGUAUUUGUAUCAGAUAAAAACAAUUGUUUCUACAAACUUGCUGUUCCUUGCAGGAUACUAAUUUGAAAUAUAAUAAAUUCAGGAUAGCCUUGUAUAUUCCCUAUGGCUAAUAUUUAGAAUUUAUAGACUUUCUUAAUUCUUGAAACAAUUUCAAUUUAAAACCAGAGACUAAAAACUGACAGUAAUAAAACACAGUUAAAACAAGUAAGAAAGAGAGAUUGGUAGUAAUAAUUGAAAACGAUUGGAAAUAACCAAAUAGCAUCCCCCCCACACAAGAAAAGAUUAAUCCCAGAACCUCCUAAUGGCAAUAGCAGUUGAGCAGAAUUUUGCUACAUUCUUGGAGAUCUUUGCUGAAGAGUCUGCAAGUAGAAUGCAAACAACUUCAAUUUCUAAACAGUCAGCACAACAAAUAGAAGUGGAGAAAUGAGCCCUGUUCACCAACUACGAUGCAGGGUGAAGUAAAAUACUUGUUACUGAUUCAGUAAUAGUCUCCAAGCCAAUAGAGGAGUGCUCUGUGUAAGGGAUAUUAAUAUCCCUCCGUAAGGGAUAUUGUAUCAGUAUUGAGGGUAGUGCAUUGAACCUUGCUAGUAUGACUGCUCUACUAGGGGUGGCAGAGGAGAUUCUAUGGAGAUAUUUCAGGAGCAUGAAAGGGCAAUGAAAGAGAUCCUUAAGACAAGGGAUUUUGAAAUCCAGAUAAAGAACUCUGACUUUCUAGAUAGUUCUCCUGGGGCCAAGUGAAAACAGGAAUAGGGUUGAGAAGCCUAAGAAAGCAAGGUCUUAGAUAAUGUUUUAUUUCCAGUAGGAAAUGAAAGUGUUGGCAAAAGCAAUGAGCCAGUGAUUUGUCCUAGAAAGUUUGACUUAACCAGCAUUUCAAGCAGCAAGCUUUCAAGUGAGGUGGCACAGAGGGACAUCUUAGUUUUAAUCAAAGAUGGUAAUUCAAGGUAAAAGACAUUUGUAAGAUUUGUAAGAUUUGUAAGAUUCUAAUGAAUUUUAAGAGUAGGUACAUUUCAUGUUAUGCAAUGAAACCUUACCCAUCUAUAACUUUAGAUACUGUUAUAUAGCACAAUUUUUUACCAUACCCUGGAAACAUAACUACCGUACAGAAUAAUGCUUAAAAUUGCUAAAGAGUAGGGUUUCACCUUCUGGUCAUCAUCCCAAAUUAAUUGUAUUGGAUUCUGAAUGUUAGUUGUGUGAAAGUCCCAUUUUUCCCCCCCAAAGAAUUUCUGUAAGCAUGACAGUCUAGUUCCAACCUUCACUGUUAGUAUUAAGAAUGCUUGAGUUUUGAUUGUUACACAUUUUAGAAUUCAUCUAUGAAAAUUAUGAUAAAUGUUGGUUUUAGAUCCCAAAUUGUGCCGCCACCUCUGAAUCUUUUCCUGGAAUUUUAUUUUUUGGGAAGAAGCUUUGGACAUUUCCUUUGCUUCUUAAAUGUUGUUAAUCUGAUUUUAGAAUGCAUCGCUCAGGUUUUAUUUCCCACUUCAAAAUGAUUAAAGACCACAUUACUGGCUUUCAGAGUGGGUUUGUGGUGAUGAAGUUUGCCCACUCCUGGUCUAGAAUUAGUGAUAGUCCACGUAAUUCUAGGACAGAUUUGAUACCUCUGUUCAUUGGUAAUCAUAACUAUACUGUAGGAUCAUCAGAUUACCUUUCUGUAAUUGUCCCAAUGCCUAAUGGUUAGUUUCUGCCUUGGUUACAUUUGGUGCUGUGUGUUUCAGAUAUCCCUGAAACUCUAAUUCAAGAAUAAAUUACUACUAACUAUUCUGUUUCUCUUCAAAAAACAACAGUCAUCAAUGCAUCACACUUCAGCAUUUAUUCUGUGAAGUCACAUUCAGCUUGCUCUAACUCUAGUCUGUCUAGAUGGUCUUCAGAUUAAUGAACUAGAAAUGUAUUGCUUCUGUACUUUCAGAACAAUGAAAUCUUAGUAGUAAGGGUUAUUUUUGAAAUAGAAAGCCUUUCCAUUUUAUUCCCUUAUGAGUCAUGAAAAUUAAUGCAUUCCAUUUCUUCAGCCAUUUGCUAUUGCCACAAUUCGCAGCCUUUGAAAAUGAUUGUGAAACUGUCAACCGAUCAAUGUACUCUACUAUAAUACUAAACUAUAGCAUUAGUACUACUAGGUAUUAUAGGAAGCUUAUACAUGGCUUGCUGCAGUCUUACACCGUCACUAGAGGCAUAACGGAAGGCCAAAAUAAGAAUAGGUGAGGCAAAGAAUGAAAUUCAAACAGAAAGAAAGUGAUAUAAAUAUAUGGGAGGAUUUAAAGGUGCUCGCUCAGCAGUGAAACAAAUCCCAGUUAAAUUCAAAUGGCAGGGAAAUUGGAAACAGUGGAAUGUGGGUUGGACAUAGAUCUACAGUAUAUAUCAGAUGCUGAUACAUAUAAAUGCUCAAUUAUCAAAUAAGGGGUUUUUCAGCAGCUAAAAGCUCUUUCUAACUAGCAUCCAUAUCCUCAUAGUUUACACACUGCAAUUAUAAAAAUAGUGGAGGUGUUAAGCAAAUGGGAACUUAAUACAGUAAGGAAUGCUGGUAGGACAAAAAGUGAUAAAUACUGGAUAGGAUACUUCUGUUAGUAAAACACAUAUGCAUAUAUGAAGUAUGAGGCAUUCCUUCUAUUAGGAAACAAUUCAUCUUCCUUUUUCUCUGAACAUAUGAAGGCAAAAUGUCUCAAACAUUGAGUAAGUAAGCUUUUUGCUGUAUAAGAUACUGCAGAACAAAGGUGAUAGGCUGAUUCCUGAACGGUGUAACUGAGCUCUAAAAAGCUCCUUUAAGUGAUAGCCUUUUGUUGAGAGCUUUCCAGAGCAUCACAGAAUCCUAAUAUUCAUCCAUCCCAGGCUGGGUAAAAAAGCUACAAGAUGCCUCUCAAAACAUUAUGACGCUGGCUUUAUAAUCAAGGACAUGUCUAUCCCAAAUGUUGUGCUGCUACAUUUCAACAAAUCUCAAAUGUGCUGCUACAUUUCAACAAGUAGAUGUUCUGAUGAAUUAAUUAGGACAAUUUUAAUGUGUAAAAUUUACAGCUUAAAUCCCACUGAGAACAGAGUCUUCUAAAGAUAGCCUAGGUUAACAAUAUAAACAGGCUCUUUUUUCUUAAAAUGUUAUGAAGCUACAUUUUGUACCUAGUCUGGCUCACGUAUAUUGGUCAAAUUCUGUAGAACUUGGAAGCAUAUUUUAAAAUAAAAUACUUGAAUCUA